AUGUUUAGAUUAAUAAACUCGUCGCAAGGGCUAAGGCCUACAUUGAUAUCAAAAAUAAAAUUAGCUAAAAAUUCAACAAUUCCACCAUCAUCAUCAAUAACUCCCAACCCAUCAAUAGAAUUUUUUAGAAAUAAUGCAACUAUAACAAAUACUCAUACCACAAACUCCAACAACAAUAUACUAAAUGACAGAACUACAAAUGAUGAAUAUAAAGAGAGAUUUCAAAAUUAUACCCAUAAGUAUCAUAAACCAAGUCAUAUCAAUCGCUGGAAUAAACUGAAUGAUAAAGAAUAUAAAGAAUUAAAUAAAUUAUCAAAUUUACUUCAAGAUGAAAAUUUUAAAAAUCAAUUAAAUGAAAUGAAUUUAUAUAAAUAUUCUGCAAAUUUAUAUAGUGCAACAAUAACUUCAAGAAGAUUAAGAUUAGGAAAUUCAAGAAAUAGAGAUAAAGAUCAAGAAGAUGCAUUUAAUGAAGAUUUAACUUAUCAAACUGCUAUUAUAAAUUUAACAGAAAUGAUUGCAGCAGGAGAUUUUAAUAAAAUUUUAUCAACAAGAAUUUUAUUUAAAGUAUUUGGUACAUUAUUACAAUUUAAAUUAUAUAAUGAAAUUUUAAAUCUUUGGGAAACUGGAGUAAGUCAAUCUGAAGAACAAGAUAAAAAUACAGGGGUAGGACAAUUAUAUUUAAGUCAUGAUGUAUUAUCAAUUGUUUUACAAGUUGCUUAUGAAACUAAAAGAUUUUCUUAUGAAGAAAUUAAAUCAAUUUAUAAUAUGAGUGUUAAUGAAAAUGAACCAAUACAUCCUUUCUUAUCUGAUAGAAUCGGUCAAGUUGCUAUAAGUGAAGGAGAUCAUGCAAGAGGAUUAGAUGCUUUAGAAGCAUUAAUGAAUUCAUAUGAAACAAAUCCUGAAGAAAGAUCAGUUUUAGGUGGAUUAGCUCAAUUACAUUUAUCAUUUAUUGGAAAUUGUAAAGAUACAACAAUUGCAAAAAGAUUUUUGGAAAAGGCAAUUGAUAAAUCUGAUGGAUUACCUUAUGUUGUUGUUUUAAAAGCUCCUUAUAUGGCAUCAUUUUUACAAAAUUGUUAUGAUGCAGGUGAUUCAAUGGAAGAAAUCAUUGAUUAUUGGAGUCGUAUAUCACAACAUUAUCAUGAUAAUAUGGAUGAUUUGUCAUCAAAAGCUGCAACUAUCAAUACAUCAUUAUUUAAAAUUUUUUUCACAAAGUAUUCAGAACCAAAUGAAGAUUCAUUAAAAUUUUUAAAAUUAAUUUUUACAAAAUGUCCAAAUAUUGAUGAAGUAUUUUUAAAUACUUUAAUUUCAAAUAUGAUAUGGAAAGAUAAAAGUUUAGUUCAAGAUGUUAUAGAUGCAUUUGAAAAAUUUAAAGUUAAUAAAAGUUUAAUUUCUUAUCGUGUUAUAUUAAAACAAGCAGGAAAUGUUAAUUAUUCAAUUGAAGAAAUUUUAAAAUUAUGGAAUGACUUGUUGAAUAAAUUAGAUCAAGAAAAUUAUAAAUAUAUUGCAAAUGCAGAUUGGUCAUCAUUGAGAGCUGCAACAGUAUUUUCUGAAAAUUUUAAAUCAAAAGAAAGAGAAUCAUUAUAUUAUUCAAUUUUAAAAACUUAUAAAAAUUAUAUGCAACAUGAUAAAGCAUGUAUAAAUUUUUUAAGAGGUUGGAUAAAAGAUGCAAAAAUUUAUAAACAAAUUUCAAAACUUACAACUGAAGAUAAUCCAAAAUUUGAAAAUGAAAUUGAAAUAGAAAUUCCAAAUUUUGAAAAUUUAAAAGAAAAUGUAAAUUAUUCUAAAAUUACUAAAAGAAUUACUGAUGCUAAUCCAAGAUUAAUAGAAUAA